UCUUCCAAACGAAGGUGUCGUGAAUGUUAUUACCAAGCUUAGAAACUUCACCAUUUGCAACAAAGGUCUUUUGCACAAAAUAAAGACGAUUAUCUGUAAACAACUUGGUUAUCCUAUCGCAGCAUCUGUGGAAGGCUCAAUGUCACUAUCAUCUUUGAUGCAUCAAUCGUUUAUACCUGGAAAUGUCAAAUGUGAUGCUCGAGUGAAUGAUUUAUCCCAAUGUGCUAUCACUCAAAAUAAUGAUUGCUCUCAAUACUCGUACGUUACAUGUCACGUUUGUGAUAAUCCUCUAUUAAAAAACGGAGAAAAAUUCCCAGAUUCUUGGUUUACUGCCUUCCCAAAGAGUCGUAGUGCUUCUAAAGCAAGAAUAUCCAGUGGCAGUUCAUGGUGUUCUCCUGAUGCAGAUGGCAAUCAUUAUCUUCAACUGAAUUUCCCGAGUCUAUAUACAGUUAACGUUAUUGCAACCUUUGGAGACAGUUCAAGUUCAAGCUUUAUAACUGAAUAUCACUUGCUAACAACCAUGGAUAGUGUCAACUGGAAGUCUAAAAAAUCCCAGGAGAUUUAUCAAGGAAACAAAAAUGGUUACAAUGAUGUCGCUAUGAAAAAGUUCUCUGGUGGCAUUAAAUCCAAGGGUUUACGAAUCAUUCCAGUGAAGUUCGUUGGUAAACCGUGUUUACGAAUUGAAGUUUGUGGUGGAGACUUGCUCCCAGACAAACCAACACAUCUUACUGCAGCCAAAAUCUCAUCAAGAUACUUCAAGAUAUCAUGGAAAGAUCCCAGAAACACUGGUGUGAAACUUGGCACAAAUCUCCCGAACUUUCUAACUAAAGUGCGAUUAAUAGUGCUGAAGGAUACUGUUGUAAUAUUUGAGAAAACUUGGAAGGCGACUCUACUCAAACCUUACAAAGUGGAGAAUCUUGUCCCUUAUACAACGUAUGUAGUAAAUGUAACCGUUGGCAACUCUGAAGGCUUUGGUAGAUCAACUACAGCUAGUUUUAGAACUGUUGAGGAUGUUCCCGAAGGUCCACCUUUAAAUAUUAAAUUUGUUGCCAUCAGCAGCACAUCGUUAUCAGUCACGUGGGAGCCACCAGAUGUAGACAAAAGAAACGGAAAGAUAGUCAGUUACACUGUUUCUAUGACACAAUUGGAAAAUGAAACGUGUUCAAUGAACUAUACCACCAAGGAACAGCGUUUGGACAUAAAUAAUGUUAAACAAGAGACAAAAUAUUAUGUUCGUGUUUUAGCUUCUACAACAGUGGGAUCUGGAAUUUACAGCAAUGGUACAUGGGUAUUUACAAAUGGAUACGGUGAAAAUGCUGGAGCUACUAUUGGUGCAAUGUUGGAUGGUGUUUUUUUGGUUAUUAUUCUUUUUGUUAGGAUCAAUUCAAACUGCCACACGAGCGUGCAGUGAAAUGCGUAUUGGACUUAUACGUCGACUACUGACAACAUUUGACGAGAGUGAAUAGUUCUGAAUUCAAAUUUGAAUUUAGUUUAAUCAUAAGCUCAAAGCAAAAAUUCUACGGCGGUUGCUCGCUUUCAAUAGGUUGGUGAAAUGACCGUUUGGUUUGUUCAUAAAACUUAUUUCAGACUUUUUUGGCUGUCUUGAAAAAGACGAAGACAAGCAUAAAUUAUUGCGGAUUUAUCCAACCUUUGUUAGACCAUGCAGAGCCAUCAAUGCCAUAACCCAAACAUUUUGGGGUGGUCUACUCUAUUCACGCUAUAAUAAAUGUAUAGCAGCUUCAGGAGAUCGAUACUACGUGGAACUGGCCAAUUGUAAUGACGAAGAAGAUGAACGAUUUAAU